AUGGAUCUGGAAACCAUGCCGCGCAAGCUCUGGGAGCAUCCCAACCCCAAAGAGACGGAAAUGUGGCGGUUUAUGCAAAGCUGCAACGACCGCUUCGGCUUAACCAUGCAGGUACGCAAGCCCGCCCGGGGUUCUCACCCCAACCCUCUACCGCUCGUGCUCACAUAUUUUUGCUUCCCUUUUCUCUCGCACCAGACAUUUGACCAUCUGUACGCGUGGUCCUGCACGCGGCGCGCCGACUUUUGGGGCGCCGUCUGGGCCUCGCAGCGCGCCAUCCACGAGGGCAGCUUCGCGCGCGUCGUCGACGAGGCCGUGCCCGUCGACGGCCUGCCGCGCUGGUUCGACGGCGUGCGGCUCAACUUUGCCGAAAACUACCUGUACCGGCGCGGGUGGGAGCACGGCCCCGGCACCCGCGGCACGCGCGACAAGGAGGACGCCAAGCUGGCCCUCACCGAGGUCCGCGAGGGCGGCGCCGACGCCGCCCGCGACGUCACCUGGGGCCGGCUGCGUCGCGAUGCCGGCUGCUUGGCAUCUGCGAUGCAGGCCCGUGGCGUGCGCAAGGGCGACAGGAUCGUCGCCGUCGGCGCAAACUCGUACACGACCCUGCUCGUCUUCCUCGCCGCCACUUGGCUCGGCGCCCUGUUUAGCAGCAGCUCGACAGACAUGGGCGUCAACGGCCUGCUGCAGCGCACGACGCAAAUCGACCCCAAGUUUGUCUUCUUCGACGACGCCGCCGUGUACAACGGGCGCAGGAUCGACCUGCGCGACAAAAUGGCCGGCAUGCUCACCGGGCUCAUCGCCGAGUGCCGCAGCUUCGAAGCCAUCAUCUCGAUGCCGCGCUUCCCCACGGCCGGCCCGACCGGCCACCUCGGGCCGCGCGUCGAGCCGUGGGCCAGCUUCCUCGCCGCCGGCGACUCGUCCCCUCCCGAGUUUGUCCGCGUCGGCUUCCAGGACCCAAUGGUCAUCUACUACUCGUCCGGGACGACGGGGGCGCCCAAGGCCAUCGUGCACGGCGUGGGCCCGAUGCUGCUGACGGGGUACAAGGAGAGCAUCCUGCACCGGCGCAUGGACCCGGCCGACGUGGUGCUGCAGUACACGACGACGGGCUGGAUCAUGUACAUGUCGAGCGUCGGCGCGCUGAUUGGCGGCGCCGCGUCCGUCCUCUACGACGGCAGCCCGCUGCUGCCCGACGCCGGCGUGCUCGUGCGCCUCGUCGCCCGCUACCGCGUCACCGUGCUCGGCGUGAGCCCCCGCUGGAUGGCCGAGCUCAUCAAGAAGGGCCUCGCGCCGCGCGACAUGGCCGACGUGUCGACGCUCAAGGUCGUGACGUGCACCGGCAUGGUCCUCCCGGAUCAGAUGUUUGACUGGUUCUACGACGUCGGCUUCCACAAGCACACGCAGCUGGCCAACAUUAGCGGCGGCACCGACAUUGCCGGCUGCUUCGUCCUGGAGAACCCGCUCAAGCCGCUCUACCGCGGCGGCUGCAUGGGCGGCUCCCUCGGGGUGCCCAUCGCCGUGUACGACCACGACAUGGACGACGGGAGCGCCGGGCGGCCGGUCCCCGCCGGCACGUCGGGCGACCUCGUCGCCACGGCGGCCUUCCCCAACACGCCGCUGUACCUCUGGGGCGAUGGGGCGACGGCGCCGGGCCCCAAGUACCGCGGCGCCUACUACGAGCGCUUCCGCCACGUGUGGGCGCAGGGCGACUUUUGCCAGGUGCACGUGCGCACCGGCGCCGUGCUCAUGCAGGGCCGCUCCGACGGCGUGCUCAACCCGAGCGGCGUGCGCUUCGGCAGCGCCGACAUCUACGCCGUGCUCGACCGCCACUUUGCCGCCCACGUCGCCGACAGCAUCUGCGUCGGCCAGCGCAGGCCCGCCGACCCGGACGAGCAGGUCCUCCUGUUUGUGCUGAUGCGCGCACCGGGCUCCCUGACGAGGGCGCUCGUGGCGGAUAUCAGGGCGGCGAUUGCCCGGGAGCUGACAAAGCGGCAUGUGCCCAAGUAUAUUUUUGAGAUUCCUGAGAUUCCGACGACGGUGAAUGGUAAAAAGGUAGAGCUGCCCGUCAAGAAAAUCAUUUGCGGAAAGACGGUCAAGCCGAGUGGCACGCUGCUGAAUCCAGGCAGCCUCGACUACUUCUACCGAUUCCAAAAAAUCGAAGAAUUGACGGAACCACAGGCCAAGCUGUAG